GCAGCGGCCCGGUUCCUGGGAGUGUCGGUGCGGCGUGGUGGUUGGGGCGGAUCCCGCGGGGCCCGGGCGGGGGAAGGAGUCACCGGCCCGGCCAUGGCGGACAACGAGAAACUGGACAACCAACGGCUCAAGAAUUUCAAGAACAAAGGCCGCGACUUGGAGGACAAGAUGUGGCUCACGACUAUGAGAAGACAACGAAAUGAAGUUGUAGUUGAAUUAAGAAAGAAUAAAAGAGAUGAACAUCUCUUAAAGAGGAGGAAUGUACCACAUGAAGAUAUCUGUGAAGACUCUGACAUAGAUGGUGAUUAUAGAGUGCAAAAUACCUCUCUAGAAGCUAUAGUUCGAAAUGCGUCCAGUGAUAACCAAGGAAUUCAAUUAAGUGCAGUUCAAGCUGCUAGGAAGCUUUUGUCCAGUGAUCGAAAAUCACCAAUUGAUGACUUAAUAAAAUCUGGAAUAUUGCCUAUUUUAGUCCAUUGUCUUGAAAGAGAUGACAAUCCUUCUUUACAGUUUGAAGCGGCAUGGGCUUUGACAAACAUUGCAUCUGGAACCUCUGAACAAACUCAAGCAGUAGUUCAGUCUAAUGCUGUGCCACUUUUCCUGAGGCUUCUCCAUUCACCCCAUCAGAAUGUCUGUGAGCAAGCAGUGUGGGCCCUGGGAAAUAUCAUAGGUGAUGGGCCACAGUGUAGAGAUUAUGUCAUAAGUCUUGGAGUUGUGAAACCUUUACUUUCCUUCAUAAGUCCAUCUAUUCCUAUAACAUUCCUAAGAAAUGUUACUUGGGUUAUGGUCAACCUAUGUCGCCACAAAGACCCACCACCCCCAAUGGAAACCAUUCAGGAGAUUCUUCCAGCUCUUUGUGUUUUAAUUCAUCACACAGACGUAAAUAUAUUGGUAGAUACAGUCUGGGCCCUCUCUUACCUUACUGAUGCUGGCAAUGAACAGAUACAGAUGGUAAUAGACUCUGGAAUAGUCCCUCAUUUGGUUCCUCUUCUCAGCCACCAGGAAGUUAAAGUGCAGACGGCAGCACUUCGAGCUGUAGGCAAUAUGGUUACUGGAACUGAUGAGCAAACACAAGUAGUUUUAAACUGUGAUGCUCUUUCACACUUCCCUGCACUUCUGACAAAUCCCAAAGAGAAAAUUAAUAAAGAAGCAGUGUGGUUCCUGUAUAACAUCACUGCAGGAAAUCAGCAGCAGGUUCAAGCAGUAAUUGAUGCCAAUCUUGUACCAAUGAUAAUACACCUUUUGGAUAAGGGAGAUUUUGGCACUCAGAAAGAAGCUGCAUGGGCCAUAAGUAACUUCACAAUUAGUGGAAGAAAAGAUCAAGUGGCCUACCUAACCCAACAAAAUGUUAUCCCACCUUUUUGCAACUUGCUGACUGUAAAAGAUGCACAAGUUGUGCAAGUAGUACUCGAUGGACUAAGUAAUAUAUUAAAAAUGGCUGAAGAUGAGGCAGAAACCAUAGCCAAUCUUAUAGAAGAAUGUGGAGGACUGGAGAAAAUUGAACAGCUUCAAAAUCAUGAAAAUGAAGACAUCUACAAAUUGGCCUAUGAGAUCAUUGAUCAGUUCUUCUCUUCAGAUGAUAUUGAUGAAGAUCCUAGCCUUGUUCCAGAGGCAAUACAAGGUGGAACAUUUGGUUUCAAUUCAUCUGCCAAUGUACCAACAGAAGGGUUCCAGUUUUAGAAAGAUGUUGUGGAAGUUAGGUACAAUGCAGCA